UUGGUAUCAAGUCUUCAGUUUUAUCAGAGUGGUGCGUGAGGGCAGGUGAGGUGGGGUAAGGUCAUUGACCUGCCGGCUCAAAUGGGACUCAGGUGAAGCGUGACGUCACGCUGAUACUUUUGAACUCCUUGGCAGUAAAUCCAUAAAGGUGUGUUGUUAGUGAGCAGGUAGCCCGGCAGUCACAAGCUUUAACCUGAAACCGAAGGGGAGAAAAAACACAAGGCCACAUCAUGCUCCAGCGGCUCUGAUUCUCCAUCCCUGCCUGGAACCACGACGAGGAUAGCGGCAUGUACCCCAACUCCCAGUCGGUGAGACACCCGGCUCAGACGCUGACGCUGAACAGUCAGUACAUCCCGCCUGCGUAUGACUUCACCGGGUACCACCACCACCACCACGUCCCGGGAGUCAUUGACCCGACCACGAGCGCCUGGAACCCCGCGUACGCACACAGGGAGGAGUACCCCUACAGCUUCCCGGGGUCCAGCCCCAGCGCCCUGCAGGCCAGCUUCACCUCCCAGGAGCUGGGGGGCGCGCCCUCGCCCGCUGGAGGGGGCUCCAUCACCCCCUACAACUUCUUAUGUGCGCAGGAGCCCUUCAGCUCCAGGAGAUCACCUGAGGCCAUCAGGCACAGCGCGUCAGGAGGGAAGACUCGGACUAAAGACAAGUACAGGGUGGUGUACACGGACCACCAACGGCUGGAGCUGGAGAAAGAGUUUCAGUAUAACCGCUACAUCACCAUGAGGAGGAAAUCAGAACUGUCGCUGGCCCUCAGCCUCUCUGAGAGACAGGUGAAGAUCUGGUUCCAGAACAGACGAGCCAAAGAGAGGAAGAUUACCAGGAAAAAGCUGCAGCAUUCCCAGCAGGCCUCAACGACGACCCCGACUCCACCAGUGAUGGGGGGACACUCCGAUGCCCACGCGGCCCCCAGUCCCAGCAGCAAUAUGCUGUCAGACAUCAAAUCUGAGGAAUACUAGAUGGAUUUGGCAAAACUGAACAGUUUCUGAUCAUGUAAAUAGUGUUUUGUUGUUCUAAGUUCACCAGAAAACGAAUCUUUUAACACCAACAUGGUGCCAUGAUGCUGCACUGACGACUCUUCCAAAGCAGAGCAUUACAGUUUUUGGUUUCAAGCAAAUUCUUAACAGAUGUGACCUUUAUUGUUUUCAAGUUUUAUUUCUGUUUUCUAUGAACAUGUUGGAAUUCACUAUCUUUGGAUUUUAUUUUGCACUUUUCCUUGCUCCUUCUGCAAACAACUUACGCAGUAAUGAUCCAGUCUUAAACCUGAGAUUUUUUUAGGUUCAAACUGAGCUGGAGAGCUGAAAUAAACCUUAAAAAACGAACGGUU